AUGUCACUCGCACACACAGCUGCAGAGUACAUGCUAUCAGAUGCCCUGCUGCCCGACCGUAGGGGACCCCGCCUCAAAGGACUGCACCUGGAACUUCCCCUGGACCGCAUGGUCAAGUUCAUAGCUGUGGGCUUCCCCUUGUUGCUGAUGUCCCUAGCAUUUGCCCAGGAGUUCUCUUCCGGGCCCCCCAUCCGAUGCUUCUCUCCCAGUAACUUCAGCAUCCGGCAGGCCGCCUACGUGGACGGUUCCUGCUGGGACUCACUUAUUCACCACGAACAGGAUGAGCUUGGCCAGAACAAGAUGAAAUCCCUGUGGCCUCACAAGGCCCUGCCCCCCCUGCUGGCCUUGGCUGUGGUCAUGUACCUGCCUGUUCUGCUGUGGCAGUAUGCAGCCCAGCCGGCCCUCAGCUCGGAUCUGCUCUUCAUCAUCAGCGAACUGGACAAAUCCUACAAUCGUUCCAUCCGCCUGGUGCAGCACAUGUUGAAGAUCCGGCAGAAAAGCUCAGAUCCCCAUGUUUUCUGGGAUGAGCUGGAGAAGGCUCGGAAAGAACGAUACUUUGAAUUCCCCUUGCUAGAGCGGUACCUGGCCUGUAAGCAGCGCUCACAUUCCCUGGUGGCCACCUACCUCCUGAGGAACUCCCUCCUGCUCCUCUUCACCUCAGCCAUCUACCUGUACCUUGGCCACUUCCACCUGGAUGUCUUCUUCCAAGAGGAAUUCAGCUGUUCCAUCAAGACAGGCCUCCUAAGUGAUGAGACCCACGUGCCCCAUCUGAUCACAUGCAGGCUGACCUCUCUGUCCAUUUUGCAAAUUGUUAGUCUCUCCAGUUUAACAAUAUACACCCUAUUGGUUCCAGUGAUAAUAUACAACCUCACACGACUAUGUCGGUGGGACAAACGGCUCCUAUCCAUCUAUGAGAUGCUGCCAGCUUUCGAUCUCCUCAGCAGAAAGAUGCUGGGAUGCCCCAUCAAUGAUCUCAAUGUGAUCCUCCUUUUCCUCCGAGCCAACAUCUCUGAACUCAACUCUUUUAGUUGGUUAAGGGUCUUAUGUGUUUUGAAGGACACGACCACCCAGAAGCACAACAUUGACACAGUGGUCGAUUUCAUGACAUUAUUGGCUGGCUUAGAACCAAAACCUAAACAUCUCACCCAAAGGGUGUGA